AUGCGAUGUUUUGAUUUGCCAUGUCAAAUAUUUUUUAUCGAUGAAUAUGAUAAUGAUGCUCGUUCCACACAUCGAUGUUGUGGUGGUACAGUUCAUAUUAAAAUGGCAACAUUAUACGUAGCAGCAUCAGCGCUAAUAUUAUGUGCUUUCAAUACUGCUAGCGUUUAUUUUGGCGUAUAUUCCGUGAACUUUACGCUUGAUAUUACGUUAACUAUUAUCAAUGCAAUUACCGCCACAAUGAUUUUUUAUGCUUUAUAUUAUGAAAAAGCAACAUUUCUAAUUCCAUUCAUUGUUACUUCCAUCAAGUACUAA